AUGGCUGCCGGAGAAAUUCAUUAUUCAAGAGUUCCUUCUCAAUACUGGCGAUCGAGAAUAAAAACUAUUAAAGCCUUAGGGUAUAUAAAUGAAUUAAGUUUAAAUACUCUCAGUGUAUAUAUAAUGUGGAAUUUCCAUGAAACAGCCCCUGGAGUUUUCGAUUUCUUAUCUCCAGAUAAGAACUUAAGGUAAUUUUUGUAAAUCGCAAAAGAAGAAUAAAUGUAUGUUAUAAUCCGACCUGGUCCAUAUGUGUGUGCUGAAUGGGAUUUCGGAGGUCAACCUUAUUGGUUAUUAAAGGAUGAAACUAUUUAAUUACGUACUACUGAUAGUAAGUAUUUGAAUGCGAUAUCGUAAUACAUAAAUAAAGUUUCUUAAGAAAUAAGUGAUUACUAGAUUACUAGAAACGGGACUGUCCUUAUGCUUCAACUUGAAAAUGAAUACGGGUCAUAUGGCUCUAAUAAUACUCUUCCUUUAAAACUAUAAGAAAUGUGGGUAAAUACAGGAAACAUAAAAAUCCCUUAUUACUCAGCUGAUGGAGGAAGUCUUAUUAAAGUAGGACAUGUACCAGGAGCUGCUAUAGGACUUAACCCAGGAACAGAUAAGAAAUGGUAUGAUUUUGCACAUUAAUUAGAUAAUAAUGUACCUGUUAUGAGUUCGGAAACAUAUUCAGGAUGGUUGACACUUUGGGGAAAUGAUUGGGCUGGAUAAGAUACUAAAACCACAGUAAAUGUAUUCGAGAAUAUCAUUUAGAACAACUGGUCAUUUUCAAUGUAUAUGGUGUAUGGAGGAAGUAAUUUUGGAUUAAAUGCAGGAGCAAGUAAUAAUGGAUAUGACUCUUAAUUUAUACCUGAUAUUACUUCGUAUGAUUAUGAUGCUCCAAUUAAUGAAUAAGGGUAUCCUACUGAAAAAUACAUGGCUUUAAGAAGAACUAUUAGUAGAAAAGAUAACUAAAAAAGUGUUACUUUUGAUUAUAAAGAAUCUUAAUAUUUAAAUAUUACAAUAACUGUUAUUGUAGAGGCUUAUGGACAUGUCAAUUAUGGAUAUAAUUUAUAUGAUCCUAAAGGGAUUAUUGGAAAUGUUUAUAUUAAUGAUUAGAUAGUUUAAGGAUAGGUUAUUCAUUAAAAAGUUCCUUUGGAAAAUACACCUAAUUUCUAAAAAAAUAGUCUAAAUAAUAGUGAAGGUAUUGAAACUUUCUUUUAAGGAAAUUUCGAUGUUUAAUAAAUAGGAGAUACUUAUUUAAAUAUGAAAAAUUGGUCUAGAGGUUAUGUUUGGGUAAAUGGAUUUAAUUUAGGAAGAUAUUGGAAUAUAGGACCUUAAUUUAAGCUUUUUUGUCCUUCAACUAUUUUAAAGGAGAAAAAUAAUACUAUUGUAGUUUUUGAUUUAGAUAGGAAUUAAACUAGUAGUAUUAUUGGUGAGAAAACAUUAAAAUGA